CGAUCGUAUUUUGUACCAGCUUUUUUGUUUUUGGUAUAUUAGAGGUUUCUAGCUUGGUUUCUAGUUUCUAGUUACAGUACAGGACUGUGAUGUAAACAUGACGUGAGUACGCGAAGUUUGACUACUACCGGUCCACAUUGUGUUUGUUAUCUACCGUGUAGCCUGACAUUGUCAUGUUUGCGAAUUCCAACAAGUUAUUUUACGAAUGUAGAAUAUUUCGAAAUAGUGAACGAAGAGAAAUGACACGUGAAUGAAGUGGUAUGAAAAUAAUGUAAUAACGGAAAUACUAAGUUGUCAUGUUAUGACAGUGAAAAAAUAUUUUUUAUAUGGACCAUCAAACUCGUAGACCUUUGAACUGAUCGUUCCAAAAUUCGGAUAAUUGAACUGAUAAAAAACAACCAUGGGAAGCGCACAAUCGCGGAAUAAAUCAAAUCCGCUAACGAUCGCGAGUCAGGCAGAAAUUUUACGAGCUCGACAGCGUGACGACGAAUUCAUCAAUCAUUUGCAAGAUAAACUUUCCGAUUUACUGCAUCGGUUUGGUGGAUAUCGAUCUAUUUUGCCAUUUUUACAGUCAAACGUACCAUUCAAGCUCAUUUACUUCAUCGUUACUUCUGGUUUCGGGAAUCAAACGCUUGGCGAAGAGUACACUGGAAUUGUUCAAGCUAAUUUGGGCACUCGAAAUGUCCCCUCCAUGAGCGCUCGAAUUUUGUCAGCUCUUCUGGAAUGUUUUGGUGAACAAGGCUUGAUCAGAAUACUCGAAAGGCUUAGGGUAUCGAUAAACAAUCCUGAUAGUCAAUUGAGGCCGGAAGCCAUACUUUUUUUCAACAAAUUCAUUUCCAAACUAAAAGCCGGAAUUCCUGUCUUCGUGCUAUUACAUAAAGGACUUUUUUAUAUUUAUGGACGUUAUUACAGUUUGGGAAAGAGAAUUGCAGGCGUCGAUUAUGCUAAGGUACAAGGAAAAAGUUCUUCGGAUGGAGUGAGUUGGGGAUUACGGUUAUUGGGUGCAGCAACACUGGCACAAUGUCUGUUACAAUUGUGGCAAAAUAGCAGAACAAUCGAGAAGAGUGAAACGGAGGUGGAUCUGCCGGAGAGUAAAAUAGAAAACAAGUGUAAUUUAUGCUUAGAUGCAUCACCGACGACGACAACACCAUGCGGUCACUUGUUCUGCUGGGAGUGUUUGGGAGAUUGGUUGAGAACCAGAGCCCAAUGUCCUCUUUGUCGAGAGCCUGUAAAAUCCUCUCGAAUGGUUUAUCUUAUGAAUUUGUGAGUGGAAACGUUGGAAAUUUUGUGAAUAAAAGAGAAGCACGUAUCAUUAAAAACAGCUUGUCAAAUAAAAAUGAAAAGAAAAAAUGCUAUUUCAUGUCGUCGUAAAUACCACCAA